UUUCCUGCUUUUAUUCACAGCAUGAAAACCGGCUCCAUUUCUGCUCCUGACAGUUUGUAACUUCUGCAUUUUUGCACAAUCACUCCUAGGACAACAGCUGGGACCUGUUGGAGGCAGAUAUUAAGGUUUCAAAAUGUGGAUUACAAACGUAGUAACACUGGCACUGAUCGUAAGCGCUGUCUCUGCUGCUACCUCUGCAUCACCCAAGAAAGUCCUCAGUAACCAUGCCACCGUUUUGGCUGACCAGUCUGCCAAUCUGGGCUUCACACUGUACCAGAACAUGGCUAAGGAGAAGAACGUGGAAAAUAUCGCGAUCUCUCCUGUGGUAGUAGCUUCAUCUUUGGGUCUGGUAGCUUUGGGGGGAAAGGCAUCCACUGCAUCUCAGGUCAAGACUAUUUUAAAAGCAGCUGGAGUGAAAGACGACCAGUUGCACUCUGGUCUAUCUGAACUGCUGAGCGAAGUUAGUGACCCCAAAACCCGCAAUGUAACCUGGAAGAUCAACAAUCGCCUCUAUGGGCCCAGUUCUGUCAGCUUUGUGGAUAAUUUUGUCAAGAAUAGCAAGAAGCAUUACAACUGUGACCAGUCCAAGAUUAGUUUUAAAGACAAGAAAAGCGCACUAAACUCUAUAAAUGAAUGGGCAGCCAAGUCAACCAAUGGAAAACUCCCGGAAGUGACUAAAGAGGUGGAGAAGACAGAUGGAGCCAUGAUUGUAAACGCCAUGUUCUUCAAACCUCACUGGGAUCAGCAAUUUCAUCACAAAAUGGUGGACAAUCGUGGCUUCAUGGUUCCAAACAGCUACACUGUCUCUGUCCAGAUGAUGCACCGUACAGGUCUUUAUGGCUUCUUUGAUGACAGCACUAAUAAACUGUCCAUUCUGAGCAUGCCCCUGUCCCAUAAGAAGUCCAGUAUGCUGUUCAUCAUGCCUCACCACGUGGAGCCUCUGGACAGACUGGAGAAGAUGUUGACCAAGAAACAGCUGGACUCAUGGCUCAACAAACUCAAGGAGACUGCAGUGGCUGUGUCUCUGCCUAAAGUCAGCAUGGAAGUCAGUCACAACCUCCAGAAAUACCUGGAGAAGCUGGGAUUGACCGAAGCUGUGGACAAAUCCAAAGCUGACUUCUCCAACAUGUCUGGGAAGAAGGAUCUGUACCUGUCCAGUGUGUUCCAUGCUUCAGCCCUGGAAUGGGACACAGAUGGGAAUGAGAUGGACACGAGCAUCUACUCAUCGGAAAAACUUCGGCACCCCAAACUCUUCUAUGCUGACCACCCUUUUAUCUUCUUAGUGAAAGACCAGAAAACUAAUACUAUUCUAUUCAUUGGCAGAAUGCUGAGGCCCAAAGGAGAGAAAAUGAGAGAUGAGUUGUAACCACUGAGCUGAUAAAUAUGUUUGUUUAAAUUAAGCAACACUAAAAGAUGUAGCAAUAUGAGCAUACCUCUGAAUCAAAUAAAGCAUUCCAGAGACUACUGUUUUACAGUCCCAUACAAAGAAAGCCUACACUUUAAGUAAGAAAAAUUAUGUUUUACAGUCCCAACGCACCACUGUUUUUGUG